AAAAUACUCUCUCACCGCCUUCUCUCUCUUGAAUAGGGUUUUUUAUUCCCUUUUUCGAUUUCUUCGGCUGUUAUUACAUUUUUAGGAAAUUAAAUUACAUUUUAUUUGUGGUGCGAAUGGAAGAGAAUUACAGGCCGGAGAAUCAGCCGGCUCCGGGGGUUUCGGAAGUGACAGUGUCUUGCGUCAAUGAGUUGACUAGGUCGAACUCGGACUUACCCUCUUUGAUUGCUGAGAAUUACGAAGAUGUUAUUCGUGGCUCGGCAAAUGCAACGCCGGUAUUUUUGCAAUUUCUUCUCAGUUUUAGUGAAUAUGCAGGAUCCACUUGUCAAUUUUCAUUAUUUUUAAAAUUUCCUUGGCUGGAUAGAGGACUGGACGAGGAGAACAAAGGGGAUUCUUGUAGCGGUGAAGGAAGGAAGAACGACUUUCUAAUGGAUGAUUGCAAAGCAUGGACCAAUGAGAAGCACAACUUAUAUCUUAAUCAUUUGGAAGUGUCAUUUGUUAAACAGUUGAAUCAGUCAAUGGGUUUUCUUGCUCAGUGCUCAAAGCAGAACAAGAGUGAGAACAGUGUAUCUCAAAACCGGGCUUCCAGUGUCCAUAAUGCCUCUAAGCAGUGCUGCUGGCAAAAGAUCAAUUAUGAGAGCGGACAACCUCUUUUGCAUGCUUCAACCGAUUCUCAUGGCACUCUUAAGAGUCCACGGAUAUAUGGUUCCAGAAAAAUGAGCAAACAACAUCCCUUCCCAUCAGCUGAUAUAAAAGAAUCUCCAAAGCUUCAAAUUAUGGAUGAACACUUAAUCAGGAAACGAGUCUCAUAUCAAGGAUUAGCGACAUGUUCACAACAACUUCUUUCCGGUGACCUCUACCGCAAUGAUCCGUUUGAAUUCCUGACAGGUGAAUAAAACUCAUACUGGGCGAUUGAUUAUUUUCUCUGUGUAAUUCUCCUUUUUAAGGAGGUGGUAUUUUAUGUCAUGUUUCAAAUUUUGGUUAUGAUUAAAUGCUUAUCUGAGUUUUUGUUAUAAUUACAUUUUUUCAAUUAUUAUAUGGAAAUAUUAACUAAUCUAAACAAUAAUGUGGAUGGAGGGAGAACAGGUUAAAUUCAUUUGUGUAAGAUAUUAGUAGGCUUCUGUAUAUUUUGCUUGUUAUAUAGCCUGCAAAAACAAUUUUUUCACAUCUUCUCCUUUAGCUUUCAUACGUAUGCUAUAAAGACACACAGUUCUUUCAGGACAUGUGUGCAGGUAUACUAUUCUUUCAUAUUAUAUAUUCGUGCAUGAAUAAUCAUUCAUGAAAAACUAUUGUAGAUAUUAUUGUAAAGUUCAAAAUCCAUAUUGGUACUUGUUGAUCUUGACGAUGUGGGAAUAUGCUUUUAGAAAUAACUUCUUUCUUAUCAGAAUGAUUUUAAUUUGUCUUGACCAAUCUUAAAGGUCGAUAAAUAAAUUAUUUAUGCUUAUCUUUUCCUUGAAUUUCAAUUUCAUUAAAUUUCAAAUUAGAUUUUCUUUAAAAUCAGGAACCGAUUAGUCUUGAUCUAAUGUUACUCCAUGCACAAGCAUAACCAAUUCAAAUGUUGCUGUCACCUAGUUACCUUGGUUGAUAUUGUUCGUACAUGUUACUCCUCACUUGAACCACGUUGUUUAACUUCUGGAUUUUAUCGCUCCAGUGAAGACUAAUUAAAUUAAGCCUUUCUGUCUUCAAAGUUGGUUUUUCCUUCGCUGAAAUAGAACUCACAUCACAUGUUGGCAAAAAAUAUCCAAAAAUUAUUUUUCCCCACUCUCGUGCCUUCUUUAUUUCAGUAGUUUUUCAGUUAUACAUUAGUGCUAAAGGAAAACUUGAUUCUUGAUUGUUUAGCAUAAGCUCGAUUUCCCGGUCCAUCCUUUGGUGCAGAUUUUGUUCAUUGUUUGGAUUCGUUAUUUUUUCCAAUCUGUGCAUUUGGUCUGAUCUGUAUACUGCAACCACACAUUGCUUGCUGUCAAGACUUCGAAGCCUCCUACUAUUUCCUGAAUUUUCUGUUCUUGAUUUGAUCAACUAUUUCAUGCACACAAGUUCAA